UUGGAGCCUGGAACUCGCGUCACCAUGGAAGCACUCAGUUUGAGACAUGUAUUCGCCAUUUUGCAGCCGCGGUGUGUGUAUGUGUGUGUAUGAGCUCCUUUCGGGGGUAAAUACCUCUAUAGCUUCUAAACAUUGAACACUUCAGACGCCAGCUAAAAGAAGAAAUGCCUGCACUUGUAGACAGAACAGUAGUUGCUGCAGCAUGACAUGGACAUUUGAACGACGUAACAGCAGAUAGUUUCGCUCACGGCCGUCGAAGAGGACCAGGGAAUAUGCAAGCUUGACAUUCAGGACUACAAAUUUUCUUCAUCAGCUGCUCAGCAUGAAAGCACAAAGUAACAAGGAGGAACAUUUUUGUCCUCACUGGAUAAUGUUGUCACCUUUGAAUUCUCUAAUUUGACCAUACAAAAAGACCACCAAUAAUGAUACCUGGUUUGAUCUCCCAGGAGUUACUUGAGCAGCUUCUGGACCUAAGGAAUUACCAGAAUCGCACAAGUGGGGUGGAAGAGCUGAAACAAAUCCUUUCAGAAGUGGAAAUUAAAUCAAUCCCAUCUGGAAGCAUUGAGGAGUUCAUAAAUUUUCUACCUCGACUUCUAGAUGACAGUAAUUUCAAGGUGCUAUAUGGUACCUUACAAGUUUUAAACUUACUCAUUCAGAAGCUGGAAAAAGAUGUUGAGAAAUAUUUCAAACAUAUAGUUUUUGUGGCUCUCAAAGCUUUAGGAGACACUCGCACAGUCACCAGGAAUGAAUAUCUUAAUGUGUUUCAGCAGCUGAUGAAAAUUGUUGUACCGCAGCAAGUAUUAGAUCUUGUAAUUGGCAACUUGAAACACAAGAAUUCUAGAGUUCGUGAAGAUGUCCUUAACAUAAUUAUGGCAGCUAUCCUCACUCAUCCAAGGAAAUAUUUCAACAUCCCCAAGCUUUGUUUUGAAGUUGCACCAUACUUGGCAGACAGCAAAAGGAGGGUCCGGCACGCUGCUCUUGAGUUGUUUGUUGUUUUUGACUAUUGCCUUGACACCGGGAAAAAGCAGCCUCUAAUGAAAGCUGUGGACAUGGUUGAGCUGAACGAGGAUGCAGAGGGUCUGAUGGCAGCUGUACAGGCAAGACGAGCCAGACACAUCCUUCCAAAAGUGACCUCAGAGGGGGUAGUGGAGUAUGGUUUGGUGGUACCUAAACCUGGACAAUGGUCCCUGGGACAGUAUGGUUCUGGGGCUGAUCUUGACUGGGUUAUGAACGGAGGCCGGAUAAGCAGUGCCAGGAGCUACAGAGCUGAGCCAGACUGUGACAGAUUAUAUGGCUAUGGAAGCUUAGGAUCCCUCACUGAAGACCUUCCACUUCAAAGGAGGAUUGUCAGCGCGGGCAAAGGGAAGAACAAACUACCCUGGGAGAUGUCAGGCUUUUCAUCCACUGAGAACGAGCAGCAGCAGUACAAUACACCGAAUGGAAAAUGUUCUGAACGGGAGACAAGUGAGGAUCUCAUGACUCUUGCCAGGAAGGGAGAUACCUACAUACCCAGUUUCAGUUCUGCAGAGCCACAGAAGCCCCAAUCCUCCAGAAGACGGGAGUCUCCCACUCAUCUCAGAAGAAGUGGAAGCCUCAACUUAGAUACCGAUAUCUAUAAAACCAUUAACCUUUCUGACCCAGAUGCUGUAGCACCCAAAGGACGUAUACUCUCAAGGAACCCCAGUGUUGAACGAACUUUUUCCCUCCCUUCAAACCCUGCCACACCCGGCUCUUUCCUUCUGCCCUCCUACCCACUGGCUACACAACCAGUGAGUAUGUUUACUCCAACACUGUCACGCCGUCAUGCAGACUCCUCCCUCUCUAUGUCCAACACCUGGCCCAACAAGAGAGAGAAUCCUCAUCAGCGAGAAUCCAGCCCCUGGAGAGAGACAGGAGGCACAGCAAAAGGAGAAGUCUCUAUCAGGCGCUCUCCCAGGCCUCUUCGUGCUUCCCUUGUUAGUUCCUCUUCCACCUCGUCGUUCCGGCGGGCUCUGAGCAACACCAGAGCAACCUUCUCUAGCUCACUAGAAGCCCCUCCUGCAGAACAGGUGCAUUCACACAAUGGCCAGAGAUCGAAUGCCUCAGACACUCCUCAGAACCAUCAUGUAGAAAAUAAAACUAAUCAGGACCCAGAUGACAUCAGUGCCUGGCAAGAUCUUCAGGGGGAUGAUCCCCUGGACAUGCAGGAGAUGCUGAGUUCUCUGCGCUCAUUGCGUAACAGCGCUGCCAAAAAGAGGGCCAAAGUGAGCCAAAGCAGUCCAGAUCCAGACAGCCCUGACUCAGCUGUGAGGGUGGACCUGGGUCUAGAUUCACCAUUGCACACCUCUCCAGUACUUACCAGCUCAGCCAGUGAGAGUGGGCUUUCCAGUCUGCGCUCAGCUGCCAACUGCAGCUUCAAUGGCAUCAAAACCAGUCCCAGAAAUUCUGCCUCUUUUGUAAUGAAACCUCAUAUUUCAAGAACACCUUCAGCAAAACUGAGGACUUCUAUGUCCAUGGACUUCAUCAGUCUUCAAUUAACAACUCAGAGAAAUGAAUUAUCGCCAGAGGUGGGUAUUGUUGGUCAGAGAGUCUCUUAUUCCAAUGGAACAAUCAAAACUGAUGAAGAGAGAACAGGUCCAUCCCCUCCUCUGGUCAAACCUGCUCUCCAUGACUCAGUCAGAGCUUUGAAGCUUGCCAAAGGAUCCCAGAGUCACAGCAGCAGUAGAAAUUCACCAGGCACAGAUAUGCCUGAAGGAGUAAUUGGAAGAGGCAUGUUUGGCACUCCAACAUCCUCCAACCAUCCAGGAGUCAGUCGGACACUUGAGCGGGGUGAUUUGGCAGCCAAGCCUCCAACUGAUCCCUCAGCAGGCAUCUACAGCAGUCACUUAGACAGUGAUGACAGCACACGACCUGAUGAGGCUAAAGAGAGGGUGAGGAAUGUGAGGUUGGGCCGGCAUAAAACACGGCUGCAGCAUCUGGAUCAACUAGAGGAUCAUUUAAGUCAAGACCAAACAAAAGACAAAAUUCGCCACCGUGUCAGACAGAUGCUAUCUGAUUCAUCCACAGAGGAGAACAGAGAAUUAAUCAUCAAAGAUCUGCAUCUAAAUGGCAGCAUGUUGACAUCUACCAAAGCAGACCCUCUCUGUGAUGAGUCCCCCAUUAGUCCCACCAGUCUACUAGGACCCCAAAGUCCAGUCAAGUGCUUCACUCCACCCCACCACCCAAGCCCUCCAACAGUUCCCCCUAAUCCAAAAAGUGUUUCCCGUCUUCGAAGGGCACCUAGUCUCAGCAGAACCCGGCCCUCGCUUUCCCACAGUUCAGAUGAGCUGUCCCAUUGUACUGUGAGCCACAAGAAGAAUCUCUCAGAACCCCCAGAGCUGUGUCCAUUUUCAAAGCCCGACCUGGCACUCACACAGAGUUUCAAGCUACUGAGCUCGGAAGACUGGGAGAAAAAGAUUGAGGGUCUAAUGUUUCUACGCUCUUUGGCCAACUACCACUCAGACACACUUCAAAGCAAACUUCAUGAUGUUUGUCUUUCUCUCAUUGAAGAGGUGAAGAACCUGCGGUCAGGUGUCUCCAGGGUGGCAGUGUGUACACUGGGUGACCUGUACACACACUUGCAGAGGGCAAUGGACCAGGAGCUAGAGGGAACAGUUAAAGCUUUACUGCAGAAGGGUGGAGAGAGUAAUGCCUUCAUCAGGCAGGAUGUGGAUGCAGCACUGGACUGCAUGGUGCAGCACUGCACUCCAGCUCGCAGCAUCAGUGCUUUGCUAACAGGAGGGCUGAGCCACCUUAACCCUGUGGUAAGGAAAUGCACAGCUCAGCAUCUGGCUAAUCUUGUGGAGAAGGUUGGUGCAGCACGCCUCCUGUCUGGGGGUAAAGAUCUUACUGAAAGAAUUUUACCUGCAGUCACCAAACUGUCACAAGACUCCUCACAGGAAGCCAGAUACUUUGGACGGCGAAUGCUGCUAUCUCUGUCAUCUCACCAUGACUUUGAUAAAAUACUGGAGAAAUAUAUCCCCACCAAAGACCUGCAGACUGUUAGAGACACUGUCUUCACUCUCAAGACAAAGGGUCUUGGUGAAAUGCCCCAAGACACUCAAUCAGCCAGGGGGAGACGCUCCCUCCCAGGCAGUGGUACAGUCAGGGCCUCAUCUCUCAACAGAGAGCCACUCAACCAGACCAACAGGGAAUCUAAUAGCCACUACAGCUGUAGAUCACAGACACAGAGCAUUGCAGACAAAACUGAAUACAUUAAGCAGAUCUCAGGUCUGCUGGGUUCAAAGGACUUCAGAGAGAGGAUCAAGGGCAUAGACCAGCUAGUGGCUGAUUGUCAGCACAACCCCAACAUGGUCAUCAACAGCAUAUUCCCGUUGUUUGAUGCCUUUAAAGCCAGACUGCAGGAGUCCAACAGUAAGGUCAACCUUUAUGCCCUAGAAUCUCUACCGAAAAUCCUCUGCUUGUUGAAAGAUAACAUGUCUCAAGUGGUCAACAUCCUGGUCCCAGCAAUCGUUGACAAUCACCUCAACUCCAAAAACAAUGCCGUCUACUCUGCUGCUAUUGGAGCAAUUAAUGCACUAAUCUUAAAUCUUGACAACUUACUACUUCUUCAGCCUUUCUGCACCAAGGCCCAGUUUUUAAGUGGUAAAGCAAAGGUGGACCUUAUAGAAAAAGUUGCAGGCCUUGUGACAGAGCUCUAUCCUCGCAAGCCCCAAGUGGUGGAGCAGAAAGUGUUGCCCUUGCUGUGGCAUCUCCUGGGCACCUCUACCCACAGCGGCACUAUUUAUGGCAGGGUCGGCAGCGUGAGGGGUGCUACAGCCAACCUGUGCCAGGCCCUUUAUGUCCAGAUGGGGCCAAGCCUGAGUGAGUGUGCUGCUUCCCAGCCUGCCAGUGUCCAUAAAAGUUUAAAUGAGGUCUUGAGGACCUUAUCUUAAGGUAAAGGAGAAUCCAAACAUGACCAAAUGUUGGAAGUGAACAUUAACUUGGACCUUACUUGAAGACAGAGAUGUUCUACAUUUCUUAUAGUGCCUGCACUUUCAUAUCAAUAAAAACGUCCUUAAAAAUUAGGAACUCUUUUUCUUAUCUCAGUGAGAUUUCCACUGCUACAGAAGCAUUGUAACAUACCGACAUCAGGUCUUAUACUCAACUUGCUCUCUUUGCACUUUGAAGAAGUAGCUCAUUGUCCAUUGCUUUUUUCUCCACAAGUACUGUUGACAAAUCAUAGACAUUAUUGCAGAAUGUAAAACUGAAAUGCACAAAAUAUAGAGGAAGAAGACAGGGACCCGAAAGGUGUAUAUUUUUGCUGUGUCAUCAGAUGUGAUGUGAUAUUUUUCUAAAUGUCUAAUGUAGGUUUAGACUUGUCAAAUGAAAUUAACAAGAAUAGUACAAAACACUUUUUUGUACAGUUCAAAUGUGUAUUUGCACAGUAUUAGCUUAAUCUUUAUGUAUACUGUAUGAUGGUACAGUUAUAAUUUAUCUGUUGUGUAAAGGUUUAGGUCAUAUAAUUGAUGUGCUGAGUUGGUACUGUUUUUUUGCAUGACCAAAAUUCUCUGGCAUAAUAGAAGCCAUUUGUAUUUUUGUUAGAUAUGUUUGUGUUUGCGGAUGCCCAGAUCAAAGUUGGUUUCACAGUACUCCUGCUUGAUAGGAGCUGAAUGAAAGAAGAGGGAGUUUUACUUCUGUGGUUGCCUGAGAAACAGUGAAGGCCCAGGUCUGUUUCUGUCUCAGUAUAGUGCCAGUCUUCAAGUAGCCUUUUAACUCAACUGUUGUUAAAUUAUAUUGACCUUGUUUGUGAACAAAAGGAAAGAGAUAUCUGAAUAAACAGUUCUAUUUCUUUAAAACUAA